GGUCUUACGUAAAUAAAUUUAUUUUUGUCAAUUAAAUCUGACGCCAUUUGAGGAAAUUGUGCUUGUUCACCACCCUCAUUUUGACCCAGUGCAUCACUUCCUGGAAUCCACCUAUCCUCCACAUGUUAAUAUUAUCAUCGGCCAACAUAACUGAUCUCUUAAAAGUUCCCUACCUUCUAAAAUGCUUGCCCAGGUCCACGAAGCCCUUGCUCCAUUUUUUGCUUCCAGAAGAGAACUAUUCGGAAAAUAUCUUCCUUUAAGGAUCUUCACCCCUUUUGGUUCUGUACUAUUCUCCAUUCCUGUUUUGCCAACAAUGCUCUGUUAAACAGGUUUAAGUCUCUAAACCUCAUUCCAUCCUUAUCCUUGCUGCAUGUCAUACUUUGCCAACCAAUCCAAUGAAUUUUUCUCUCAUCUUGCUUCUGCCCCCAUCAAAAUCCAGCCAUUUCUCUAUUGAUCUUCUCACACAUCUUCUUUGGCAGCUUAAAACAAUUAAUCAUAUUUGUUGGCAAAGCACUAGCCACAGCUUUUAUUAAAAUUUCCCUUCCUCCCUGUGAUAUCAAUCCCGUUUUCCAUCCUUGCAAUUUAUUGUGAACUCGUUCCCUGAUGAAGUUCAGGCUUUAUACUUUCAAUUUCUACCUCAAUACGCUUUAGGAAAAGAUGAAUCAUGGUGACAGUGAAAAUUCUCAUUCAAGUUAGAUCCUCUUCUGGUUUGGAAAAAAUCUAUCGGAAAUGUUAAAAUCCACUUGGAAAGUACAACGUUUCAGUUAAACGACAAUUUUUUUUUUUUUGUAAAAUUCGCCUUUCAUUCAUGUUUUAUUUAUAUUAGUAUUCAAUUAAGUGCAGGUUAAGCUUAGCAAACAAAAUUAUUUACACUUUGAAUGUACUCAUGAUAAUGUAAAGUACCAACCAAACCCCUUUAAAAAUAAAGAAAAACAAAGGAAAAAAAAAAGCUGUUUCAAAAAAAAUGAUAAAAAUCCUUUUUCAUGCUGUGGCAAAACAUGAUUGGUCACUGUACAAAACCGGAGGACAAUUACAGUUUCCGCUAUUUAUUACAGGUCCAGUCAAGCCCGCCUUUAUCGGAAGAGGAGCUUCAAAAUAUGCCUUUUUGAGAUCUCUUUGUAUGUCUGUCUUUCAUUGAAAUCGAUGAACUCAUCAAUUUCUAAGAAGAUUCAAUGGCCAAGAGUGAGGAAUGCUGUUCAACUCAACUUAUUGACGGAGAUGGUUCAUUCAAUGAUGCUGGAAUCGAACGUUUUAUCAAGGAAGUAAAACUUGGUGAAUGUGGGUUGUCCUACGCUGUGGUUUCCAUCAUGGGACCGCAAAGCAGCGGUAAAAGCACACUGUUAAAUCAUUUAUUUGGUACCAAUUUCAGGGAAAUGGAUGCAUUUAAGGGAAGGUCUCAAACCACCAAAGGUAUUUGGAUGGCAAAAUGUGCUGGUAUAGAGCCUUGCACUCUAGUAAUGGAUUUAGAGGGUACUGAUGGAAGAGAACGCGGGGAGGAUGACACAGCAUUUGAAAAACAAAGCGCACUUUUUGCACUGGCAGUUUCAGAUAUAGUACUGAUAAACAUGUGGUGUCAUGAUAUUGGUCGUGAGCAAGCUGCAAAUAAGCCUCUUUUGAAGACUGUAUUCCAGGUUAUGAUGCGAUUGUUUAGUCCCCGCAAAACGACUUUGAUGUUUGUCAUUCGUGAUAAAACAAGGACUCCACUGGAAAAUUUAGAACCUGUUUUGAGAGAAGACAUUCAGAAGAUAUGGGACUCAGUUCCUAAGCCAGAAGCACAUAAGGAAACCCCAUUAAGUGAAUUUUUUAAUGUUGAGGUUGUUGCACUUUCUAGUUAUGAAGAAAAGGAAGAGCAAUUUGAGGAGCAGGUUGCUAAUUUGAGACAACGAUUCUUCCACUCUAUUGCACCGGGGGGGCUUGCUGGAGAUCGGAGGGGAGUAGUACCUGCUUCAGGGUUCUCUUUUAGUUCUCAACAGAUCUGGAAAGUCAUUAAGGAGAAUAAGGACCUUGACCUUCCAGCCCAUAAGGUCAUGGUGGCUACAGUACGCUGUGAAGAAAUCGCCAACGAAAAGUUUGCUGGUUUCACAGCAAAUGAGACAUGGUGUGUGUUAGAAGAAGCUGUACGGGCUGGUCCAGUUGCUGGCUUUGGGAAGAAGCUAAAUUCAAUUCUCUACGCUUAUUUAUCAGAGUAUGAUGCAGAAGCCGCAUAUUUUGAUGAAGGUGUCAGAUCUGCAAAGCGAAAGCACCUUGAAGAAAAACUGCUCCAACUUGUCCAACCAGCCUACCAAUCCAUGCUAGGACACUUAAGGUCUGAAACUCUUGAAAAAUUUAAGGAAGCAUUUGAGAAGGCUUUGAAUGGAGGGGAAGAGUUUUCUGUGGCUGCUUGCAACUGUACUGAAUGUUACAUGGCUUUGUUUGACGAAGGAUAUGCAGAUGCUGUUGUUGAACUAGCAAAUUGGGAUUCCUCUAAAGUCAGGGAUAAACUAUGUCGUGAUAUUGAUGCACAUGUUGCUUCUGUCCGAGUUGCCAAGCUUGCAGAGCUUACUUCUUCAUAUGAGGCAAAGCUGAACGAUGCAUUAUCUGGACCUGUUGAAGCACUUUUAGAUGGAGCUAACAAGGAAACCUGGCCAUCAAUAAGGAAACUUCUCCAGCGUGAAACUGAAUCAGCUGUCCCUGGACUGUCCAGUGCCCUCUCCGGUUUUGACAUGGAUGAACAAACCAAGGAAAAGAUGCUAAAGAGUCUAGAGGAUUGUGCAAGAGGUGUGGUUGAAGCAAAAGCAAGAGAAGCAGCUGGGAGGGCAUUGAUCCUUAUGAAGGACAGGUUUUCAUCAUUGUUUAGUCAUGAUUCUGAUUCAAUGCCACGGGUUUGGACUGGGAAUGAAGAUAUUCGAGCCAUCACUAAAACAGCUCGCUCUGCAUCCUUAAAGUUGCUAUCUGUUAUGGCUGCAAUUCGGUUGGAUGAUAGUGUUGAUGAUAUUGAGAAUACGCUAUGUUCUGCCUUGAUGGAUACCAAAAAUAAUGCUGCUCUGACUAAAAGGAGCAUUACAACAUUCGAUCCACUGGCAUCAAGCACUUGGGAGGAGGUUCCACCUGCCAAGACAUUGAUCACGCCUGUCCAGUGCAAGUCAUUGUGGCGUCAAUUCAGGGCAGAGACGGAGUACAGUGUCACACAGGCCAUUUCAGCUCAGGAAGCCAACAAGCGUGGCAACAACUGGUUGCCACCUCCAUGGGCAAUUGUGGCCUUGAUUAUCUUGGGAUUUAAUGAAUUUAUGACUCUUCUAAGAAAUCCUUUAUAUGUGGGUUUCAUCUUUGUGGGUUUCCUAAUUAUGAAAGCUCUAUGGAUACAGCUCGACAUUGCUGGUGAUUUCCGCCAUGGCGCUCUACCUGGGCUUCUUUCCUUAUCUACCAAGUUCGUUCCCACCGUUAUAAACCUUCUCAGAAAGCUAGCCGAGGAAGGGCAAAUGCCGGCAACUAACAAUCCUCAAAGAAACCCAGCUACGGCAUCUAGGAGCUUCCAAAACGGAAACACCAGCAUUGAUACAUCAUCCAGUGCUUCAUCUGGAGUAACUUCAUCUGCAAACGGGACCCAAUACUCCAGCCCCACAAAAGAAGAAUGAGUAACUCAUUAAAAUAAAAUGACUGCAGUUCCUUUCAGCUCGAUUAUGCCACGGCCACCUUUUUGUUUGUUCCUCAAUUUCACUAACUAAUUUCAUCACACUUGAAAAGGCAUUCAUUUUUGUGCAAGUGCGGCAUACAAGGGGCCCAGUCAAUUUCUCGCGACAAAGCUCCAUUAAAUAUAUUUUUCUUUGUCUUUUCCACAUUAUUCUUCGGUCUAGGUUUAAUUUAUAUUUUUACCUUGAUGACUUUUGGGUUAUGCUUGUUUUUACCCAAUUUGUGAGUAUUUCUAUUGUCAUUUUGCGAUUGUUAGCAACUGAAAUUUGGUUCAUGGCCUCUUGUAUCUGCUUUCCUUUAUCAUGUGUUUUUUUUUUUUUAUUAAUUAUUUUAUCAGAUUAAAAUUAAAAAAACACGUGAUAAAAAAGAAGUAGAUCUCUUCUGUUUUUUAAUUUUUUACUU